ACAACAGACAGAUGCUACUAAGCUGGGACAUAAAGAUAUUGGAUUUAUUUGUCUUACCACUUGGCAUUGAUUUAUCGGCAGUAAUCAAAGUUUACCAUGAACAUUUUACAAAUAAAUGGAAAUUACAUGACUUUGUAAAGGAUAUUGGAAGUUACCACUUGCUUGUUUCGAAUAAUUAUGUUUAUUCAAAAACAUUUAUCUAGCAUAUAACUUGAAUAAUACUAUUACAUGUAUUAUGGUUUGGAAAAACUAGACAUUACAUUUUAUGAUGGGAAAUAUUAUUUGAAAUGCGAAUGUGUUGAAUGUUUGGCGAAAUCGAAUUUUGAGCGAGAAUAUUUCUUCAAUACAUAAAAAGCGAUGAAUGUGUCACUUAUGGCGAUAAUGUUACUGUGGUUUUUAAAGGGAAAUUAUGGACAGAAAAGACAGGAUUUCAUCCAAGCCCUCCUCGAGGACUACGACAGUAGGAUUCCACCAAAUUUCGAGAAAGAUUACCCAUGCGAAGUCAACGUAAGCCUCUACAUUAACAGCAUUGAUUCUAUAGACGAACAGAAAAUGGACUUCACUUUAAGCACAUUUGUCAGUCAAGAAUGGAUAGACACAAGAUUGAGUUUCAGAAAUCUCAUACUUGCGGAUUACCUCGAAUUAGAUUCCAGAUUGAUGGAAAAUGUCUGGGUUCCAGACCUAUAUGUUCGGAACGAGAAGCAAGCGUAUUUCCAUACAGUUACUAUUCCAAAUAAGAUGUUACAUAUUUACAAAAACGGAGUGGUAAAAUAUAGAUCUAGGAUCACGUUAACUGCAUCAUGUCCUAUGAAACUUCACAAGUAUCCAAUGGACAGACAGAUGUGUUCAUUAUUUAUACAAAGUUUUGCAUUUACGACAAAUCGAUUAGUAUUCAGAUGGCGGAAGAACGAGCCUAUCAGAUUGAAUCCAAAUCUUGAAUUGCCCCAGUUCACACCGUACAGACAUGAGACAGAAAACUGUACAGAUAUCGGAGAAGGCAACACCUGUUUACAAUUCAAUAUAUAUCUUGAACGGAACAUUGGAUUUUAUAUGAUACAGACAUAUAUACCCAGUGUUCUCAUUGUCAUGUUGUCAUGGCUGUCGUUUUGGCUUAAUGUUGAUGCCGUUCCUGCUCGAAUAUCUCUAGGUAUUCUUACUGUUCUGACAAUGACAACCCAAAGGAGUAUGUCCAAUGUUUCAUUGCCACGAGUGUCUUAUGUAAAGGCUAUUGAUGUUUGGAUGGCCGUUUGCCUUUGUUUUGUAUUUUCUGCAUUGCUCGAG